AUGAUACACAAUAUUCAAAUUGUUAUUCCAAAUACAGGUCAAAAUAUUAGAAAACUCGUAAAAGAUGGUCUCAUCAUUAAGAAACCGCAAGUAAUUCACUCUCGAUUCCGAGUCCGAGCAAAACUCGAAGCCAAACGAAAAGGACGACAUACUGGUCCUGGAAAGAGAAAAGGUACCGCAAAUGCGCGUAUGCCUCAUGCUGUGCUAUGGAUGAGGCGACAACGUGUGCUGAGACGUUUACUUCGAAAGUAUCGAGAAUCUCACAAGAUUGAUAAGCAUUUAUAUCAUCAAUUGUACAUGAAGGCUAAGGGUAAUGUAUUCAAAAAUAAACGUGUAUUAAUGGAAUACAUUCAUAAAGCCAAGGCCGAGAAGGCUCGUACUAAACUUCUCGCUGAUCAAGCUGAGGCUCAUCGUCAAAAGUCCAAAGCUGCACGUGAGCGUCGUGCUCAGCGUAUUGCUGAUAAGAAGGCCGCCUUGUUGGGUAUUGAUACCGAAGAAGAGCCACCAAAAGAGAAAUAA